CUUCGUGGGCCCCCGGGAUUGGAGUGUUGGGAGUGGUCUCCCAUCGUGCAUCGGGGCACCGGCGCCUCACCCGGAAGGAGAAUCCCUGACUCUGGCUACAUGGUGGGGCGCAGUCGGUGUCGCUGUGGGGCUUGGGUGCUGCUCUCAGGAGCCAGCCCGGAUCAUUUGUUGGCAGUACAUAUUGGCUGAAGUCAGUUUUCAUUUCAAGAUGUUUUCUCCCAAUGGGCUUUUGGUGUAGGAUGUUGGAGAAUCAAGAGCAGGAGGAGGUGAUCACUGUGCGUGUUCAGGACCCCCGUGUGCAGAAUGAGGGAUCCUGGAAUUCCUAUGUGGAUUAUAAGAUAUUCCUCCACACCAAUAGCAAGGCCUUUACUGCCAAGACAUCCUGUGUACGCCGCCGCUACCGUGAGUUUGUGUGGUUGAGAAAGCAGCUACAAAGAAACGCUGGUUUGGUGCCUGUACCUGAGCUUCCUGGGAAGUCACCCUUUUUUGGCAGCUCAGAUGAGUUCAUUGAGAAGCGACGGCAGGGUCUGCAGUACUUUCUCGAAGGGGUUCUGCAGAGUGUGGUCCUCCUGUCCGACAGCCAGUUGCACCUCUUUCUGCAAAGCCAGCUCUCGGUGCCUGAGAUUGAAGCCUGUGUCCAGGGCCGAAGCCACCUGACUGUUUCUGAUGCCAUUCUGCACUAUGCGAUGUCCAACUGUGGCUGGGCCCAGGAGGAGCGGCAGGGUUCUCACCUGGCCAAGGGAGACCAGCCUCAGAGUUGCUGCUUUCUUCCAAGAUCUGGCCAGAGAAGCUCUUCCUCACCAUCCCCCAGGGAAGACAAGAGCCACUUUGACGUGUGGGCUCCUGUUGUUGACUCUGAAGCUCCUCCCUUGGAAAGCCCCCCGCCCCUGCGUCCCCCCUCGCCAUCAUACUGUGAUUUUGCAAGAGCUGAUGGGGAAACCUCGAUGUCUCAGCCCGAGGGGAGGGUGGCCGCGGGUGGGGGCCCUGCUGUGCCUUUGGAGCCUGGUCAGCUAGAAACAGGUUUGGAAAAGUGAGCUCCACUGGACCCUGCCUGUGCGCUCCUGGAGAUGGUGCAGGCGAGAUCUGCGCGGGGCUGGCCCGGGCCGGUGUGGAGAGGGGCUGCUUCGCUUCUCGCAGUUGCCUCUGCGCAGGUUUGGAGAUCAAUCUGACAACUCCUCCAGCUUCCUCCACAGGAAGUAGCACUGCCCACAUCUGAAGUUACACUUGAGGCCCAGGGGUUGCUGGUUUUGAACAGAAUCCUGUGUCUAAGCUCCUGGAGCCGUGUUUCUUUAAAUGUUUGUUUAGGGGCCCAGGAACGGUGCCUCAGGGGAUUGGUUUCUGGGACCAGUACUGGCAGAUUCUGAGCUGCCGUGUUGAAUGUAGUCACAACAGAAAUGCUUGCGUACUUGCCGCGCCCCUGUCUCCCCCCCCAGCCGCCCC